GCGCUUCCGGGUUAGAUUCCGGCGAAGCAGCCUUCCGCUAUUUGCCUGGACGACCUUGCAGCCUCGAGCGAGCGAUUUUCUCGAGCAAGCAGCCAUCGCCAUGUCUUACUGGAGGCAAGCCGGGCUCAGCUACAUCCGCUACUCUCAGAUCUGUGCAAAAGCAGUAAGAGCAGCCCUGAAACCUCAGUUUAAAGCAGAGGCAGAGAAAGCAGCUGGAAGUAAUGUAAAAAUUAUAAAACCCAAAAAGGAAUAACACAAAACCCAUUUUCUGAAAGGAAAAAUGACAACUCGUUGGUAUGCUUGUGGACAGCUGCUUCCCAUUUUGUGAAACCACCAUGUAUAUAUAUAAAUGAACCAUGCCAAUAAAUGAAACUUAAUGCAAAUUUUUUAGUGAUUAUGUUUUAUCAAGCAAUAAUGAAAUUCCUUUUCAAGGAAUUAAGUUUUAUUGGAUUGUAGCUUAUUAAAAAUUUGUUUUCAGUUUAAUGCCUGUUUUGAAUAACAAGGUCACUAGUUACAGAAGAUGUUUGAGUCCUUUGUGGCAGAAAAAAUAUUAUUGAAAAUCAACAGGAAAUAUUUGGUGAAAGGAAAAUUCAGUGAUCACGUAAAGGAUCAUGCUUGCUUGGAAUUAAAUUCCAUUGAUUAAUUUAUUACCAGGUAUGUAGACAAAGGUGUGCAAUCACAUUUAUUUAAGUAGCUUUAAAAUUUGAAAAGCUGUACUUUAGCCUGGAAAUAAUAGUGAUACAUAAAACAAAACAAUUUAAGAAUACAAUGAGAUCUUUAUAAAAGAAAAUGUAUUGGUAAUUUGACAUGUAAUAAAUAAGGUCUAAAUGAUGCUUUUUAUGAGUGGAUAUGAACACAUUGCAAUCCUAACUAAAUGCUUCAAAAUUCCAUUUACUUUUAGUAGGAAAGUGGCAGUAUUAAAAUUGAUUGUAAGAAAUGAGGUUUGAAAUGGCUUAACAUUAGCUGGAUGUUAUUAGUAUUUGUCACAUUGUUUUUUCCCCAUAUUUUGUUUCGUUUCCUGCACAGCUUUGCAAUAAUGUCGAUGUUGCCAAGAAAACUGCAUUUAAGAUAAAAACCAUUUUAAUUUAUAACAACAAGUAGUUUUUCUAUAUUAACAGAACAGCUAACUUCCAAAGCUGUAUUCAAUGAGUUCAUAAUCCUUCACAAAGUCACUGCAUCAAUGAGAUGAGCGGCAUAAAAAUUAAUAAAUGAAAAAUGUGGUAGAGAGCUAGUUUUAAAUAUUCAGUUAGCAUUGAAGCUUACUACAUAGACUUUUCUUUAAAAGUUAUCCACUCUAAAUAUUCCACUGUGAUCAGAUUGUAUGUUUCAGUGAAUUCUCAAGAGAAGAGAAGUUACCACCACUAUUAUAUGGCACAGAAUUAAAAUGACACACCCCCACCCCACCCCCUAAAUUUGAAUGCACGGCCCUUUUUUGCAUGCAGUUUAUAAAUUCAGUAAGUUAGUUGCACCAUGGAUCACCAACAGUAAUCUGUAUGGGAGAGAAAUCUGGUUUCCUUCCCAAAUUAUGCAACUAGCCCAGGAUUCACUGGGCUAGGGAUUUUCUGUCUUUCACUGUGAGUUAUAUUGUGUUUGGGGGGAGGGCACAAAGGGAGGCUCAGCCAAAUUUUGCAAAAGAAAAUGUUGAUAAAUUUGAAACUUUUUGGAAAGAAUUGGCUUGGAUUGAUGAAACAAAAAAUGAACUCUUCAACCACAACCACAUAAGGAGCAUUUGAAGAAAGUAACACUAUGCCAGUCAUUAAGGUGAUGAUUCCUUAAUAUUUUAUAGAUUGGUUGAGGACUUAAAAAGAAGGGAAAUUGGGAAUGUUUGCACUUCUAUAGUGACAACCUUUUCUGAGACCUUUGAAGAAAUGGUGGAAAGAUUUAAUUUGUACAAACUAACAUUGUAUACCGCAAGGCACAUUUUAAUUCAUAGAAAUGGAUACAAAUUCUGUUUAAUAUCAUUUUAUUGGAUUGUGUAUAAUACUUGCAUUGCAACAGUGGCUUAAAUAAAACCAAAAUGAUGCGAGUAAAAUAAAUGGCAGCUAAGAGAA